AUGUUAAUGGCACAAAAGUUGCAAUUGUUGUUCCACCAAAAAAGGUGGGACAUAUCUCCCGUCCGUGCAAAAGACGUGAAUGCCCUCCUCGUCAUCCUCAUCGGAAAUACCCUAGAAAGCUUGUUCAGUCUAGUCCAGUUGAGUCUCAUCCUGUGUAACAAACGCAAUCUAAAUAUUCUUAACCUUAGAGCUUCUUCUAACAUCUGGAAUGACAUUGUAAACAAUGCUCAGGCAUCCAAUGGGAUGUUUUUGUACCUUGAUCCAAGAACACAAGGGAAAACUGGUGUGGUUCUUAAUGCCAAACUACAACUGAAGGGAUUAAUAGCAGAACCUCAUAAGUAUGUACCCGUAGACCAGCUAUCUGCCAAACAAAAGGUGGACAAUAAAGAGUUAGUGGUGUUUGCAUCUGAACACUUUAAGACACUCCGCUCUUUUGAAGAUGAGACUUGUCUUAAGGAAUAUCUUAUUUCGUGCUUACACACAAUACCAUCUCCCAACCAAAGUUUGGUGACUUCCAAUGUGAUUGAUGGACCACCAAGAAAUGGUCUCACAGACAAUUCUAAUAAGUCAAACUCACUAGCAGCCUCUGAAUAUGAUAGGGGGAAAGGAAUAGUCCAUGUUGAUAAUGAGAAGACAUAUUCAGGGAACCACCAUGAAAAAGAUAUGGCAGCUUUAGAAAGUCCAAUCACUGAACAGCAUGCCCAUAAUCCUACAGAGCCAGGUACCUCUUUUCAGGAUGUUGAGUCACCAGUGCAUACGUGUGAGCAUAUGAACAAUUCAACUGUCCUUGGUCAGUGUAUGGACUGUUUGUUCAAUGACCCAAAUUUCCUUGAAAAUAUACACGACUUUCUAAACCAUGAUUCUUUGAAUUUCAAUUCCAACUCCGAUGUUAUGAUGGUGACUACUCAGACUGUUUCCAUCUGUACUAUUGAACGUGCCCGGACAAGAUGGACAAAAGUGUCCAAAUUGCUUAGGCGGAAUUCCGUAAGGGAAAGGAUUAUUAGUCUUACAGAAGGGAUUCAAGCUCUCAAAAAGCAGAGGUGUUGUUAAAAUGGUAUGUCAUCAUUAAUCACACAAUUCAAGAUUGUUUUUCCAUUGCUGCCUAACGAAUCUCAUGUACAGUUGUACCAUUCUUUUUAUCUCUUAUGUUUGUAGCAUAUAUUUGGUUAUUGAUGCUUUUGUCAUUGUAAGCACAUCACAAUUCUUACAUGUAU